AUGAAUCUGAAAAUCCUUUUCAUCCUUUUCUUGAUGGCUCUGACCACGAUUUUUAUCCUAGUGACUGUUUUGCUGACUCGGAAGGAGAAAGCGACCCUCUGUAGUGUCGAGCCACAAGCUUCAUUGAAGGAAAGACAUAACAACCAGAGUUUGGUUUUUGCCGGACUGUCAGCGGAAGAGAUGGUCCAUGUGAUAAGGUACCUCCAGUCCCACCUGGGUUUGCCGUUGGUAGAUGCUUUUCAUGCCAACCCUUCUGAUAACUGCAUUUACUCCAUGGAUCUGCAGCUUCCCAGCAAAGAUGAGGUAUUGAAUUUCCUUGAUCAUGGUGGGAGAUGGCCCACUCGACAGGCACUGGUUGUGGUGUAUUUUGGAAAUCAGUCAGACCCAAAUAUCACUGAAUAUGUGGUGGGCCCACUCCCAGUGCCAACAUAUCAUCAGGAUGUGACAGUGCAAAAGUAUGGUGGGAAAUUACCCUACCACAGUAGAAUGGUGCUGGGCAAGGAAUACGAGCAGAUCGCAAAAUUCUUACUGGAAACGAAACUUCCUGAGGCACCCACUUUUCUAAAUCAGGUAUUUGGGCACAACGGGAGCAACUUCCAAGGUCUCACAUCAGCUCCUAGGGGGUUCCAGUCUGGAGAUCGUGCUACUUGGGUUGCCUUGUUCCAGAACGUACCCGGCUUCUUCUUGCAUCCAGUGGGGAUGGAGCUGCUGGUAGACCACAGCAGCCUGAAUGUCUCUUGCUGGAGUGUGCCAAAAGUCUUCUACAAUGGACAAUACUACAAUGGCUUGGCAGAGCUGGAAAGAGCAUUCCUAGAGAAGCGAGUGCAUGUACAGAAGAUCAAGACGGUGUCCUCCGAUGGAGGCUUUUCCUCAGUUAAUCCCAGGGUUCCCCCGAUGGGAUUUGGUCCACUGCACUUUGAGCCUUGUGGGCCACGGUACAGUGUGAGCAACAACCAGGUUGUCUCCUCUUUCUGGAGCUUUGCUUUCAGGAUGGAUGUGAACAGGGGACCAUGUAUCUACGAUAUCCGAUUCCAGGGCCACAGGAUUGUCUAUGAGCUGAGU